AUGCAUCAUUUCCCAUGCGGCAUAAUUUACGUCUUUAUGGGGAAAGCCAUGGAUCUUAUCGAAAUACUAGUUCCGGCCAAGUGGGAAUUAUGGAUGGAGACUGUGCGCAAUGCACCGCCUAUUCCAAAGGAUGCAACUUUCAACGAAAUCAUCAUCCCAACCAUCGACACGGUCCGCUACAGCUAUUUUAUGAAGGUACUCGUCAUUCACAGCAAGCCCUGUCUCUUCGUCGGACCUACUGGAACUGGAAAAAUACAGCCUACUUGCAUUACAUAA